AUGGAAAUACUAACGAACAUUUCUUGGUUCUUUCUUUCUUUCUUAGUUUUUUCUUGCUUUCUAUUCUUCUUUGUGCUUCAGGACACGUUGUUUUGUUUUUUCUUUAUAUUUGAUAAUUCUUUUAUUUCUUUCAUUUUCUUUUCCUUUUUUCAUUUUUCUUUUCUUUUUUCAAAAAAUUGGAAAAAAAUUUUUUUCAUUCAUUUUCCUUUCGUUCAUUAUUUUUUCUUUCUAUUCUUUAUUCACCCUUUUGUGUAUGUGUGUGUGUGUGUGUGUGUGUGUGUCACUACUUCUUUCUCCUAUCCUUUCCCUAAACUUUCUUCAUCUUACUUAUUUUCGUUACUUUUAUUUCUCGCUUUUAUUCAUUUUGUUUUUCUUUCUUUCUUUCUUUCUUUCUUUCUUUCUUUUUUCUUUCUUUCUUUCUUUUUCCCUUCCUUCCUUCUUUAUUCAGACACUGGUUUCUUUCUUUUUUAUAUAUUUCUUCUUUUUAGUCCCUCUUUAUAUCUUUCAUUCAUUUUCAUUCCACACAUCUUCUUUCCUAUUUUUAUAUCGAGGAUUGGGACAUAUCCAUUUGUGUUCAUAUGUACGGUAUAUAACACUAUCUGUCUCCGGUUCUAUCUAUCUAUCUAUCUAUCUAUCUAUCUAUCUAUCUAUCUACUGGGUGGACCCCAUAACAAUUUCUUUCUUUUUUCUUUUCCUUCUUUCUUUUCUUUCUUUCUUUUCUUUUCUUUCCUUCCUUCUCUGUUUCCUUCUUUCUUUCUUUUUUCUUUUUUCAUUCAUUCAUUCUUUCUUUCUUUCUUUCUUUCUUUUUCUUUCUAA